GUCCUUGUUUUCAUUUCAUAUUGAGUAUAAGACAAUGUCAACACCAGUAAGGGUAACGAGCAAAGCGCGUCAAGUUGUCUUCUGUUUCUUUUCCAUCUACUUUUUCUUUAGUAUUUCUCUCUUGUCGUCACUAAUAAAAUUUGCGCAGCACUCGUGCUCGAAAUAGACAUGAAAAAUCGGAAAACUUUUUCUUUGCGCCUAUAUAUACGUCUGAUUUUCUUUUCUAUAGGCACACCACCGCUACAAUCUGCCGUCGGUCCACAAUCAUCAUCAGCGCGCAUUAGCAUUCAAUCAAAUGGCUCACCAACACACAAUCGAAAAAUGUCAUUACCCGCAAGAGGACGACGUCCAUCUAUGUUUGAUCCUAUCGAUCCAAAAGAAUUGCAACAGGCUUUGUAUGCAUCAGCAGCUG